AUGUACAAUUUUGAUAAGAAAUUUGUGCUAAGCCCUUUAAUGAAAUUGGUCUGCUCUAUUGGCUUUAUAUCCGUUUUCUGCGAUGUGAUUUCUCAGGGAUCAGCGACUACUUGUAUGAGGGCGAUAUCAAUCUUACCGAGUAAGUUUGAGAAAGCUCUCUUGUCAGCUGUGAAGCACCCAUACAAUUCCCACCCAGCGCUUCCAAGGUUUAUCCUCUGUGGGCGAACAAAAAAGUCUUCUAUUACUUUGAUGCAAGCUUGGGUAUGCGGUAAGCCGAUGAGGGCUCUAGUCAGAAAAACCCUUGCAUAUCUCACUGCUCGUACAUGCCUCACCUUCGUGGAGAACGCAACCGCUACAAAUCGCGUUCGAGUGUUUAGAGGGGAUGGCUGUUACUCGUAUGUCGGAAUGAUUGGAGGCGUACAAGAUUUGUCGCUAGCCGAUGGCUGCAACACGAUGGGAAUUGUUGCCCACGAGUUCAUGCACGCCCUUGGAAUAUUUCACAUGCAAAGUCGCCACGACCGCGAUUCUUUCAUCACACUCGACUUAAUCAAUGUGCCGGAAGCAAGCAAACACAACUAUAACAAGCUGACCGCGGCAGAAUCAGUCAAUUACACUCCCUAUGAAUAUGGCAGUGUUAUGCACUAUGAUGCUCAAUCAUUCGCUACAACUGGGAAUUCAAUGAAGCCCAAGAACGCCAAAUACCUCCGUACAAUGGGAUCGCAAAUGAUUUCGUUCCACGACAUAAGCAUGAUCAAUUUUCAUUACAAGUCUCUUUGUGCAACCAAAGGAGCCGCAUGUGUGAACGGAGGAAAACGGAACCCGAAGAACUGUAAUGCCUGCAUUUGCCCGGCUGGUUACGGUGGCGCGCUGUGUAGCCUUCGCCCGGCUGGAUGUGGAGCAGUGCUGACAGCAGCUGCAACUUGGAAAUCGAAGAAGGUCAUUUUGGGUAAUGCCACGAACCCCAAUCUUCGCGACACUUACGCGUUGUGUAAUGACUGGAUCAAAGCACCGGCCGGGAAAAAGGUACAAGUUCAAGUGACAGUAAUGAAAAAUGUGAUUUGUCUCAAUGGAUGCUGGACACAAGGAAUUGAAUUCAAGACUCUAGCUGCUAAGGCUAUAACAAAUCCGAGGUCAUGCUGUGCAGGUCAGCUGAAGCAAGUGAUCACCAGCAAUCUGAAUCCGACUCCAGUCAUCAACUACAACCUUUAUCAACAGUCAGAGAUAACCUACCUCUACAGAUAUAUUUGA